AUGUCUAAAAAGCAAAAUACAAAAGAUCCGUCUGGGUUUAUUUUUGAUGUGCAGUCCAAUACUGUGAUGGCCCAAGGAGGAACCUUUGAAAACAUGAAGGAGAAGAUCAGCGCGGUGCGUGCGAUAGUCCCCAACAGGAGCAACAACGAGAUCGUCCUUGUGCUGCAGCAUUUUGACAACUGCGUGGACAAAACGGUGCAAGCCUUUAUGGAAGGCAAUGCCAGUGAAGUACUGAAAGAAUGGACUGUAACAGGCAAAAAAAAGAACAAGAAGAAGAAAACCAAACCGAAACCACAAACUGAAUUGAGUGCUGGCCUCCCAGACCCCAGUAAAUUGGUGUCCACUGAAGAGGAGCAGUUGGCAAACUCGGAGAAGGGUGGAAUUAACGGUUUCCAUGUCAACGGCUGUGCCCACGACACAGAGUCUGUGGACUCGCUCAGCGAAGGUUUGGAUGCACUUUCAAUUGAUGCCAGAGAGCUGGAGGAUUGCGAGUCUGCUGCACCAGACAUGCCUGAUAGAACAGCAGUGCCUGAACUAGAGAAUGGAAUAGCAGACUUUGACACAAAAUCGCUCAUCCUGCAUCCUUCCCAGAGCCCUUCGUCUCUUAGACAGCGGCCUGAGCAGAGGAGCGCUAGCAGGUCUCUGUCCAGAUCAACAGCGAACAAUUCGACUCCUGCAUCCCUGUCUGUAACGCGGCUGGAAGAUGUUCCAGUUUCACCUGCAAACAAGAAGUUAGGUUCUAAUAUUGAAAAAUCAGUGAAGGAUCUCCAGCGCUGCACCGUUUCACUGGCUCGGUACCGGGUUGUGGUGAAGGAGGAAAUGGAUGCUUCCAUUAAGAAGAUGAAGCAGGUCUUUGCUGAGCUGCAGAGUAGCCUUAUGGAUCGGGAGGUGGCGUUGCUGGCUGAGAUGGACAAAGUGAAAGCAGAAGCAAUGGAAAUUCUGGUCAGCCGCCAGAAGAAGGCAGAAGCCCUGAAGAAGAUGACUGAUGUGGCGGUGCGAAUGUCGGAGGAGCAGCUGGUCGAGCUCAGAGCUGACAUAAAGCACUUUGUGAGCGAACGGAAGUACGACGAGGACCUGGGCCGGGUGGCGCGGUUCACGUGUGACCUUGAGGCGCUGAAGAAGAGCAUCGCCUCGUUCGGCCAAGUUUCCCAUCCAAAGAACAGCUACUCCACCCGAUCGCGGUGCAGCUCUGUCACA